GUGCACACAGGGAGAGGAGAAAGCACAAAUCCUCCUUUAUCCUUUCAGCUGCUCUUACUCUGUUAGGUAGGAAGAACACUACGCCAUCAAACUGUGAACCUUGUAUUUUCUUUCGGGAAAGACGGACCUGUGAAAAUAGAAAGAUGGACUGAUUGACUUCCGAGGCUCGUGAAAAGGCUGAAGUUCUGGAUGGACUGGUAACAUUCAUUUGUACUUAUUUGUGCUUUGGACAGUUAUUUCAAAACAUAAAGGCACUCUUUCAAACACAAGGACUUCUUCAGCAACUGGAUGGAUGAAACGAUGACAGGUGCAGCUAAAUUCUUACCUACUUUGUUGUACAUUUAGUCUUUCCUCUAGUACACAGUGUACCAUUGUUCUAAUUUUGUUAAUAUUACAGUAUUUUAAAAAAGUAUUAUCAAAGAAGAAAAAUAAGGACUCAUAAAUAUGGGGUGCUCUCCAUCCAAAGGCCAUAAUUGGAAUGAUGCUGCGAGUCCCAUCACUGACAGUGGGGUUCUGAUGAGAGGUCCUGCGGAGUUUGACAGUAAUCUGCAAUCUAAUGACAAAGCAUGUAGUUCCUCUGUAAGCCAGAUAGAGAUUGAUGAUGGCGAAAGGACAUCGAUGAUCCAGAAAGAUGCCUCCAUAGUGCCCCAGGAGGGGAGGAGGCUCUCAUUAGCUGGAGUAGCCUCUGAGGUAGGCACAGUCCUGGCCAAGGUGAGCACCCAAGAGGUAGAGGUCAAUGUGGUGCCCCAGGAAAAAGAAACACAAAAUCUCUCCAUAGAGGAAAAUCAAGGUAAAACAGUAGGAAGUAGGCCCAGAAGGAGUAAAGGGAGCAGACAGAGCAGACAAAAAUACAAAGAUAAACAGGCUUUUCUCAGUGAGCAGAAAGUGGACUUCCCAGAACCCAUGGUGAAAGCUCACCAGGCAGCUUAUGCUUACCUGAAUCCCAGCAUUUCCAAAUAUGAGGCUCUGCUUGGACUGCUGGAUCAGGCAGCACACACACAGCUCUCUCUGCGGCCUAUGGUAGCCUUCAUGGUGCUGCGCUAUGAGGAGGUCUCCCAUAGCCUGGAGGAAAUGGCCACUGAGGGAGAGCAAAUGUUGAAGGAGCACAGAGACCACCUGGCCUGGCCCUGCCCCAUGAUGGACCAUUGUUCCACAGCUUCAGCCAAGCCAGAGAGCCAUCCCCCAGACCUAAUGCAGCAGCUACUCCAAUACUCCACAGAGAGGAUGCGGCUAGUAGGGGACUCUGUAGGUGGGUUGGGGGAUUCUGCUCUGGAAGAGGCCUCUGAUUACUUUUUCUCCCUCUCUGAGCUGCUCGAUGAGAAGCUUAAGGCCAAAAAGGUGGCAGAGGGGCGACUGUCACAAGUCAUAGCGCAUAUUGAGGCGGCCGCCUACCGAAAAUCCAGCCCUGAAGACUCUGCUCUGCAGAGUGAGGACAGUGGCAUUGGGGCAGACAAUGAAUCACUGGCUGGAUCUGAGAAGCCUCAACACAGGCGGGAGAGCUGCGAGUCUGCUGGCACCACUGGUGCUAAGUCCAGGAGCCACCCCUGCAAUACAUCCAGCUCAGGCCAGCAAGGGAAGGCCAGAACUAGGCAGGUUGGAAAAGUGAACGCCAGCCCUUCACUGAAUUCCCUGGACUCGCCUUAUACUGGCAAAGACCAGACAGGUACAGACUACCUGCGAGGCUCAGAAGAUGAUGAGGAUGAAAAUGACGAUGAUGAAGAUGAAGAAGAAGGUGAAAAAAAGAGUAGGCAGAGGUCAAACUCUUCCCCACCCGAUCCAAGUCAGCUUACACGUCACCCGGCCACAACGCGUAUUGAGAACCCGCAAAACGUGGAGUUAACAUUUAAGAUGAAAGAUGCCAUCAGUGGCCGCAUCCGCUUUAUCCCCUCUCAGUGUUCUAUGAUGAGAUCCAGAAGAGCAGACGGUAUGGGGGUGGACUCCCCCCAGUGGACAGAGGAGGACGACUGGCAAGCCAGACGGCCCCAGACGGCAAGUGCCACCUUCAAUGUUGCUAGAAAAAAUGCAUCAGCGGGCAGGCGGCAACGCUCGCGAUCUGCAGAAUCCCUGCGCAGCCAGGCCGAGGACCCCACCCUUCUGCAGCUAGAGAGGACACAGAGGGACCUGAGUCGUCGAAUGGAGAGGAUGAGCAAAGGUGAGGCAGGGGUAGAGGCUAAAGGAACAGCUAUUUUAAAUAUUGGAAGGGGAAAACCAGAAGAAGUAAGAAAACUCCUGCAUCCUCAGCCCCCUGUCUCAAACCGUUUACGGUCUUCUUUGGACAAAAACUUCAACAUAUUACCCAACCAUGACAGAAUGGGGCUGCGAGCACAGUCAUCAAGACAUCAAAGGGUGGAAAAAGAAGAGAAAAAGGAAGAGAAACCGAAAGAAAGGGUAGUAGGGAGUGGGCAGCUGAGGGCUAGUAUUCAGCCCAGUCCCCCUGUUCUAUCUAAAGCAGAGUGCCCUACAUUUCACAGGGGCAGGAAUUCGGUCAAAAGGCUAAUUGACACUUUCAGUCAGAAGAAUGACAAACAACACCAAGGGCCUUCAAAUAUCCAUGGCUCUUUUAGAGAGAACAGGACCUGUGGUAUUCCUACCACUGUUAGCACAAGAAAUGCAGUUCGCAUCAUCAAUGGCAAUAACAACAACAACAGCUGUUCGGUGGACCCCAGGGCCUCGAACAGACCAGAAGACCUUGACGAUGAUAGUCUUCCACCCCCUCCUCCCGAGGUCUUGAUGGAUAACUCCUUUGAGUGUGCACCAGGGCUUUUUGUUAGUGAGAGUGGGGAUAACAUGACUAGCAGUGGAAGAUCUCCUGUGCCCCAGAGGAAUGUGGUAUCUCAGCGGCUGCGUGCCUCCCUACCUUCAGUGACAGAACCGUCCAGCCAUGGCGGCCCAAGACGCAGCUCCCUUAGCUUGUCCCCUACCUGCCCUGUCAGACAGGAUGCCAUGCUGGGGUACCAGAGUGGGGAUGAUGGCUUACAGCUUGAAAUAGACCCCAAGAGUGAAGAAACUGCCACUCUAUAUCGGCAGGCUCGAAAGAUUAUUCACCUGCGUCAUGCCACUGACUCACCGGUGAAGAACCUGGUGGAUGUAGGGUCCACAACAGCCUCAGUUUCCAUUGGAAACAAUGUCUCUUCUGAGAUGAAGUCCACAACUCAGUACCCUUAUAUUCAACCGCCAACCACUCCACCUGUUUCAAGAGCCCGCAUGCCACCCUGUACCCCCUCCAACUGGAAAUUACAUAAUUCUCCUCCUUUUAGAUGCCAGCCCACUCCACCUCCCCCAGAAAAAUUUCCCACCUCACCACCAGGCCAACAGAGACACCUCAACUCCUUGAAACUAAUGCAAGAAGAGACCCUAGGUUCAACCUUAGACUCAUGUCCCUUGAAGGCCAACUCACCUUCACCCUCUCCCCAAGUCGAGCGGUGGACCCGCCCAUCAUCUCCCUCUCAAUCCUUAAAUGAUGCUCGCUCUGCUUUCUGUCACACCUUACCCUCACUGUCUGAGCCCCCAACCUGGACCACAUCUGGCAGCUCUGCGCUCCCGCAGCCCUGGGGAAUGGCCUCUUGUCAUAGGUUGCCUGUUUCAGUGCGAGGCCCCCAGCCAUUUGUCAAACUAAAUCAGACAGACCGCCACUCCAGCGUUACCUUGCCAACCCAACAGCCUGAAAAACCCAUCGCCACAGUGAACGAGAGCUGUGGGAAUGACCCCAUCAUCAGUAGCAAGAAGCUGGAGCUUAGACCAACCAGCAAGGAUGAUCCUUUAGACACCCAAUCAGAACCCACAGCUGCAAAUCAUUCUGCCUCACAUACCCAGAACUGUGCAUCAUAGGACAGGCCUUGUAAUGAAAAUUAGGCCAAUGGAGCUCUCACAGGAUUACGGAUCAUCUGGACUCUCCAACAAGAUUGUUUUUAACCACCUGAUCUGGAAUUCUAAGAAUGUCUCUUCCACUGUGAUACAAGCUUUCCUAAAACUGGAGAUUUUUGAUUAUUAUGUUCAUAAGAGAAAGAAAAAUUGAACAGGAUGUUAUUUUACAGGACUUUACCAUGAUUGUAUGUAGGUAUUUAUUAAUUCGCUAUUCAUGGCAGUGUUCCUGUACAUACAUGUUUUUAAAUAAAAUAUCUCUUUGAAUAAUAUUUAAAUUAAGGAUUUUACCAUGAAUUGCUAUCUGAAGCUACAUCAAGCUACAAGAGCUUUUGUUUCCAAAUGUAACCAACAAAUUGGUUGAGACUGAGAGCAUUCAAUUUGUAUUCAAAGAGAAAUGACAUAGAAGUCAUGAUAAAUUCAGUAUUGUACCUUUAAACAUACAGUACAUACAUUUCAAUAGCUUGUUUUAAUCUUGUCUCUAGAAUCAUGUUCAUGUCAUGCAGCACAUAAUUUUAUAGUAAAAGAAAUAAUAUGUAGCUUGAACAGCAAGUGUUUGAAUAAUGUUUGUGGAUAGACGUGACAUCAACCUCAAGUGUAUUAAUCUGACUAGCCUGUUUUCCUACAUAUUUUGAAUUUUGGGUUAUGUUUUUUGGGGGGAAAUAUUGAAUUCACAUAUAGGACUUAUCAUUAAUAGAUACAUUUGAAAGUGUCUGAUACUAUUAUUUGUUUCGUAGGAUUCUGUUGGAAUUGCCAUAUUUCAAUACACCACACAUUCAGCUCUAUUACAAGAUGUAUUCAGUUGGCCCUGAUGCCUUGAUACAGAAGCUGCCAUUUUACUGUAUUCUAUGGGAAGUGAUAUGGCAAUGGUAUAUCCAAGCAGUUUGGAUUGAAUGAAUAUGCUGAUCUUUAAGAUGCCUCAAUUGGAUCAACUGGUUUUGUGAGGAGUUGUGCACAAAACACACGCACGCACCAACCCUACCACAUUUAUAUUUAGACUAAUUGCUUGUUGUUUUUUCUCUUAUUGAUCUAAUUGAUCAUGUUUUCUUAUUGAUUAGGUUAUUUGUGAUCUACUUCAUCUUCACGUGUACUUUUUGUUUUUCUUGUGAAUGUCUGUGCGAUUUGUAUUUGUUUUUUGUUUGUUUUUUACAUCCAAUAAAAGUGCAAAUUGUCGACACAGUUAAAUUUUUUAAAUAAAGGAAAUGUUCAUUUCA